AUCAUGUCAACCCGUAGAAUAUAAUUGUUAUGGUUGAAUAAAACAAUUUUAUAUAAAAGUAAAAUCAUCAUAUAAAUUAUUAAAGGCUAUGUAAAUAAUCUACAGGAAUGUCUAAAAUGACUACCACAAGUUUUCUUUUGUAUGAUACUAUGCAAGUAUUUAACAAAACAACAUUUAUGGCUAGUUCAAAAUUAACAACGCUAUCAACGUAACUACAAUAUAAAAAGUGGUACUUGUGAGCAUGGGGAAGAAUAAAAGCAAGCAAGAUAAAAAGAAGAAAGAUAAAAACCCGCCGCCACCACCGCCACCUCCUCCAUCAAAGCUUACGAACAAAUCAAUAUCUAAUCCUACACCAAAACCAGACGCUAGUGGACUGGGAGUGGCAGCAGCAACCAGUGGAGCCUACGCAGCCUCUCAAUCAGCCCCUCUGUCACCGGCCGCCGACCAAUCACUGACGGCCCCUACAGCUGCUGACCAAUCACUGAUGUCCCCGGCAGCUGAUCAAGCAAUGUCACCAGCAGUGGACCAAUCACAGCCUUUCGUCAUCACGCCAACUGCGGAAGGCCAAGCUGGUACAUUCAUAGGGGGCAUACCUCCCGGUACGAUUGGUCCCGAUGGCCAGUAUAUCCCGGACGAACGAACCGAAGUUCCGGAAGGCUAUGUGCAGUUGGCCGAUGGAUCCAUCGUGCCUAUUGAAAACGUGCAGGCGGCAACCGGAGGCCAGUACGGACAACCACAAUAGUCUUUGACAAAAAUAUAAUUAUGUUGAUAAAA